UCAUACAAGUGCCUAUCUGAGAGAAUCCAGUACAUCUAAAAUAGUUGAAGGAGUUGUAGAAUGUCUCUGUUCCAGCCCUAAUAUGAAGAGAACCCAUACAUUAGGGACAUUUGGUAGGAUUUAUUUGUUUAGGAUUUAUAGGUUAAAAGCUAAUAUGAUUAUAGCUGGACAUAUAACUUCAGUUUCAAAGCCUUCCAUGACAUUUUUGCCAGGUUCUGUGCUACCUUUGUUUACAGGACGUCAGCAAUAUCUGUCUGAGCUUGAAAAAUAUUUUGCUCCUUGUGAAAAACCAUGGAAAAGACGUCUUUUUCUACUUCAUGGAAUGGGAGGAAUUGGUAAAAGUCAGAUUGCUUUAAAGUUUGUGGAAAAUAUGAUUGAGUCAAAAGGUUUUUCUAUUAUAUUUUGGAUUGAUGCAUCAUCAGAAAGCACAAUUGUUCAAAGUCUCAAGAAUAUUUAUAUUAAAUAUAUACCACAAAAAACAUUAAACUCCCAGACAUACAAUGAAAGUUUAACACUUGAUUGGAUUUCAGAAAUUCAUGAACAAGAAUGGCUUUUGAUAUAUGAUAAUGCAGACUAUUAUAACAUUGGUCUAUUACAAAAGUAUUUACCUUCUGGACAAAAAGGAAAUAUUUUGAUUACAAGUCAUAAUCCUAAUUUGAUUCGCAUUACUGGAAAUGCUGGAAUAGCUAUAUCUGAAAUGGAAUCUGAAGAAGCUAUAAACUUGCUUUUUAAUGGUAGUAAUCUUAAAGAAAUAAAUAAUGAAAUUAAUAGAUAUGCUAAAGCUAUAAUAUUUGAGCUUGGUUAUAUACCAUUAGCAAUUGAUCUUGCUGGAUCAUCUAUUCAAUAUGGCUAUUAUACAAUUUAUGAUUAUCUUGAGUUGUUUGAUAAAAAUCGUAAAGAGAGAUUAACAGAAAUAGGUCUCUCUGAAAAAGAGCAAAAUAUAUAUGGAGCAUGGAAUCUAUCAUUAAAAGCAAUACAAUCUCAAGCACAAAAAAAUGACUCAUCAGCAAUUGAUGCACAAUAUGCAUUGAAAAUAUUAGAACUAUUUGCAUUUUUCUACAAUAAAAAUAUAUCUGAAGAAAUAUUUAAUCGUGCAGCUACAACAAAUAAUUCUGAUAAUAAUUGUAUUAUAGAAGACAGCUAUAAUAAAUUGUUAGAGACAACUGAAAGUAAUAAGUGGAAUUUUAAACCAUUUCGAAAAGGCACAUCAAUUUUAUUAGCAUGCUCACUUAUUAAAAAAACAGAAAAAAACAGAACUCCUAUAUAUUUUAUACAUUCAUUAGUACACAAAUGGUGUCUUGAUAGAUUACAAGAGGUAGAAAAACAAAGUGCUUUUAAUACUGCAAUAAUUAUAAUAGCAAAAUCAGUACCAAAUAAAUGGAAUAAAGAGGAUUAUAUUUUUCUUCAAACUCUGAGUUUACAUUUAAAAGAUAACAUACUGGAUAAAGAUAUUUAUAUAAUUAAACAGUUUGCAAAAGCAUUUUUUCAUAAUGGUAAAUGGAAAGAUGUAGAGAGGUUAGAAUUAAAAGUAUUAUCAGCAACAAAGCAUGCUUUAGGAGAGGAUCAUCUAGACACAUGGACAUCUAUGGGUAAUUUAGUCUCAACAUACCGAAAUCAAGGUCGAUGGAAAGAGGCAGAAGAGCUGCAAUUAAAAGCGUUAUCAGAAAGAAAGCAUGCUUUAGGAGAAGAUCAUUCAGACACAUUGACAUUGUUGUAUUUUGGACUGUAUCCUAGUACAAUGUUAUUGAGACCUCUAGUCUCUGGGUUACAAACUCGUGAGGAGUUUACCCAUUUACUUCACAUAUUUAUACUAAACUACACCUAUUCUAGUAAUUUCUAUACAAUCAUUCUCUUACCAAUCUCUUACUCAGCAUGCCGGAAUGCCGGAUUGCCAGAAUUAUCUUGCAUUUUCCAACAGACAUCUAUGAGUAAUUUAGCCUCAACAUAUAGAAAACAAGGUCAAUAGAAAGAGGCCAAAGAGCUGGAUAUAUAGGUGUUAUUAAGAAGAAAGCAUGCUUAAUAAGAAGAUCAUCUCAAGACAUUGAUUUGUCUACUCUGGAAAACUUGAUAGAUGUGACAAGUUUGCAUGUAUCAAGCAAUGUUGAAUUUCAUAUCUGGUUAUUAAUAAUCAUGUUUUAUUCACUCAUGAGUAAUGUCCAAACCCUUAUCAGCUG